AUAAUGAAUUUUCUACAUUUUGUAUUAUUGAACCAAGCAAUUCGUACAAGUUCAAGAUUUCAAAGAUUACUUUAUGCAGGUAUUGGUCUCAAAAUUAGAUUGAUUUCCUAUAUAUGAAUCGAUUGAUACCAGAGAUAAUAAAAUAUCACAGCACUUUAGUAGUAAAAUAUACUAUAUCAAUUUAAUAUUUACCACAGUUGAAAUAAAAGGUUGUAGAGACUUCUUUUGUACAAAGAAUAAUUCAUUAAUUCCUAAUGUAAUUAAUGAAUUCUUGCGUUACAUUAUUUAAACUUUCUUCUAUGCACUCAGAUGUUCCAAUUUCUCUGUCUUCAAACUGUUUUUCAAUUUUGAUAUUUUGACUGUUGUAUUCUGAUGAACUUGAUACAUUACCAUUUCCCUACAGUUGAAACAACCGAUUUUUGUUUGUCAAAUCUACUAAUUUUCUUUGUAACAAUGGAGUCUAAGAAUUCACUUGAAAACUGCAAUAGCUCUUCUAUAGGUAAAUUGUUAGAUGUUGGGGCAUAAAGACACGAACUAUCAACUUGUUCUUCGUCUACUAUUACUGUAUUUACAGCAUAUGAAUGUUUUUCGUUUAUUAUACAAUCAUUAACUUUGGCGUAACUGUUAUCUUCAUAAAUGAAAGUAGACAAUGAAGGAAGGUGAGAGGUAGGAAUAGACGGGAUAGCUUUACACUUCAAAUAUUUUCGAUUAUAGUUUGCAAAAUCACUUUCCUGAAAAUAAUUUUCACACAAGCUAUAAUUUGAUGUUGAUCAUUGAAUUCUUUAGAUUUAGAGCACCCAUCAACGUUUGGAAUGCAACGAUGGUGGAUCUGUGAAAUAUGCGUUUAUGCAUACCAGAUGAGCGCAUUCUGUGUUUGAUAUUAGUAAUUAACAUCUUAACCUUACUUUUUCAUGGAUAUAUACUUAAAAUGUUUACUUUAAGGAAUCUAUUUCUAAGAACGAAUUUGAAAACUUUAAGUAAUAUAGUUCAACAAAAUGGCAUGUCUCAAUAUCCCAGUUACUAUAUCAAACCUGUUUACAUUAAAGAAGCUCAGGAAGAAUUGAUAAAAAGUGGAGAAUUUCAAAAAUUAUCUCAUUUGCCAACACGAGCAGCUUUAUCGGAUCAAACCUGCUCAUUGGCUCACGAUCCAUUAGUCAACUUAAUGAUAAAUUAUUGUAUGAAAGAGGGAAACAAAGUUCUUGCUAGAAGUUUAUUAGAGCAAUGCUUUGAAGAUAUAAAAAGAUUGCAGUUGGAAAAAUAUCAUAAAGCCAAAAGUGAAGAAGAAAAAUUACAGAUCAAUUUAAAUCCCAGAGAUAUUUUUCAUAAAGCCGUAGAAAAUUGUAAACCACUAUUACAGCUUACACCAAUCAAAAGAGGCGGAAUAAAAUAUCAAGUGCCUGUACCAAUCACAGAAAAAAGAGCACAAUUUCUAUCUAUGAAAUGGUUAAUAGCAGCAGCGAAUGACAAAGAUAGACCAGUGAGGUUCCAUUUACAAUUGGCUCGAGAAUUGAUAGAUGCUUCCAAUAAUACAGGGAGAGUUAUAAAAAGAAAACAGGAUCUUCACAAGCAAUGCGAAGCGAAUAGAGCGUAUGCUCAUUAUAGAUGGAGUUAAUUUUUACAUUUGUGUAUGUGUAUAUGAGUAAAGUAUGAUUUCAAAUUAAAUGUUCAUACUAAGUAUACCAUCUCUUCAUCUAUUGUUUGUUAUA